AUGCAUACAUCAAUCUCACUUCCGCUGCUCUUUCUUCCCUCGCUCCUAGCUCCAGCCUUUGCCAUUCCACUCGAGCUUCGCACUGGAUCGAGCGCAACUGAACGAUGGGUACGAGUAGAGAACACACUCAACGCAACAACUUGGAACGGGGUCAACAACAAGGCCUCUGCACCUGAAUCUGAAUCUGAAUCAGCAUCGGAGACGGUCACAACCACUACCCUGACAGCGAGUUCAACACACCAUAAUCGCCCAAGCAGAACAGCUCAAUACAUUUACACACCCACAAUCAUCAAUGCACCUUUGCAGCCCAAGGGUAACGCCACCAACAAUUGGAAUGGAACUACGUCGGCUGCCAACUCUACCUCUAGCGCUUCUUCCAACUCCACAUUGGAUGCGUCUUCCAAUGCACCAUCUUCGAAUGGAACAACAUCAUCCAACGCAACAUUAACCAACGCAACAUUAGCCAACGCCACAUCAUCCAACGCCACAUCAUCCAACACAACAUCAUCCAACGCAGCAUUAUCCAGCAGCACAUCMCCCGAUCGAUCAUCACCCACUCCAACGUACCCUAACGCAACAUCAUCCGAUGAUGCUUCAGGACGGGGAAUGACACACGGAACGGACGGUUCCUUCACCACCACCACUACUACCACCACCACCAACACUACCGCUCUCAUCAAGACCUUCAACACGACCGUGGAAACUAGAGUCGAGAGUCGGGAUCUUAACAGCACUCUCCGCUCCGGCGAUGACGACAAGGAUAUUGACUACAUCGUCACAAGAGGCAACACCUUCACCGACAUUCAGGGAGCCCUUUAUCGAUCAAGACAUGACAUUGUGGCUGCCAAUGGUUCUCGGACUCACGCAGGACCAGUCGCCAAGGGUCCGGAAGGCAGCAUCUCUCGCGGUGUAUUCACCCUCGAACUUGUCAACAGAAUGCCGACCGACAACGUCAGAGCCUACAUUUCCGGUCUGGACCCGAAGGGUGCUCUCGUCAUGCUCGGUCAGGAUGGUCAAUGGGUCUACCCAUCAACAACCUCAGAGACUCCCGAGGCAGUCAAGGGCAACAUUCGCAUUCCAAUGGGAAAGGCCAACAGCACCACUCCGGUGGCACUUCCUGGCUUCAUUUCUAGCGCUCGUGUAUGGAUCGCCGACGGUAACUUGGACUUUUACGUCGUUGCCACUCCCAACGGGCCUGGUCUGGUUGAGCCCUCCAUCGCAAACUCCAAAGAUCCCAACUCAGAAGUCAACUACUCUUUCGCCGAGUUCUCCUGGGCGGCGGAUUAUGGUAUCUUCGUCAACAUCUCUUACGUUGACUUCGUCGGUCUCCCUCUCGGCAUGGAGCUUUCCGACUACGACAACGCGAACCACUCCGUCCUUGGUGUUCCAUCCAACGCCGCCCAGGUUCUCUGCGAGCAACUCAAAACCCAAGCAGCCCAGGAUGGCCAGCCAUGGGACCAGCUCUGCGCUUACGACAGCUCCGACAAGAUCCGCAGAGUGAUGGCUCCCCACAUCCUAAUCACCCAAAAUGAAACGGCAUUCAAAGGCUACUUUGACAAAUACGUCGAUGAUGUCUGGUCAUGGUACAGCUCCAACAAACUCACCAUCAACACUCAAAACGACGGCGGCAACGUCACCUGCUCCGUCCAAGGCGACGAAAUCAAGUGCGAAGGCGAUAACCGCGGCUACGCGAAACCCAACGCCAAAGACAUUUUCGGCUGCAACGACGGACCCUUUGCCAUAGCCGCCGGCGACAACGCCGUCCAUCUCGCAGUCGUCCCUCGUCUCUGUGCCGCUUUCAACCGUGCUACCUUCUUGCUCGAUGGCGGUGAUGUCCAGCCCGGUGUGUCCACGGAAAUGUACUACCCGGAAGACGUCUCCAGGAACCUCUACAGUGACUUUGUCAAGCAGAUGCAGGUUGAAGAGAGGGGAUACGCUUUCUCUUACGACGAUGUAACUCCUCCUGGUGAUGGCAAGGAUCAAUCUGGAUUGGUCUCUUCUACGAGUCCCAAGGUUUUGAGACUUAUUGUUGGCGGCUCUUGA